UUGUCUGAUUUCUUGGAGGUUCUGGGAUCUUCUCUAUGGCCGAAAAGGAAUGUGGUUUUGCUCCUCUGGUGUUCCGACUGCAUGGAGGAGCUCCGCUGGUGGUGCGUGAGGUUCUGCUGGAGCGAGGAUGGGAGGAGUAUGAUGAAGACGAGCAGGAGGAAGGAGACUGGAACCUCUACUGGAGAUCCUCUGGCUUUCGAAACUCAGACUACAAAAACAUCCUGCCCUGGCAGAGACUGAACCACCAUCUCAAAAUGACCCACAUUACACACAAGGACUAUCUAGCACGACAUUUGAGAAGAAUGAAGAGCGCUUUCGGCGCAGCCUUGUAUGACUUCAGCCCUGCUGCUUUCAUAUUACCAAACGAAUACACAAAGUUUCUAGGGGUGUAUACUAAGAAUCGCACCACUGAUGGAGGGAAGUCUUGCUACUGGAUUUGUAAGCCUGUUCACCUGUCGAGAGGAAGAGGUAUAUUUCUGUUUAAAGAUAUCAAGGACUUGGUCUACGACUCUUCAGUAAUCAUACAAAGAUACAUCAGCAACCCGCUUCUCAUUUCAGGCUACAAGUUUGAUCUCCGCAUUUACGUUUGCGUAAAGAGCUUCUGUCCUCUUGUAAUUUACAUGCACCAGGAAGGCCUAGUGCGUUUCGCGACAGAAAAAUACACCCUUGCUUCUUUAGACAACCUAUACUCUCACCUGACGAACACCAGCAUCAAUAAGUUCGGAUUGUGCUACGCCAUGGACAAAGAGCGAGUUGGCCGAGGAUGCAAGUGGACCAUGAGCAAAUUCCGCAGCUUUCUUCACAAACAAGACAUAAACGAACUUCUCCUUUGGCACAGGAUCAGCAAUAUCAUCACGUUGACUCUGCUCGCAGCCGUUCCUUGCAUUCCCUCCAACCCCAAUUGUCUGGAACUGUUAGGGUUUGACAUCCUCAUCGACUCCAGCUACAAACCGUGGCUUCUGGAAGUCAACCACAGUCCGGCACUUUCAUUAGACUGCCCUGCUGAUGUAACUGUCAAGAAAGGGCUGAUCAAUGAUAUAAUCGACCUGAUGAAUUACAGGAUGAUGGAUGGUUUCAGACAGAAGGAAGACCUCAGAAAGAGAUAUACAAGAUCAGGUAGAUGGUAUUUAAAGCCACAAAUUCCUCUGCUACCCAAAACUUUGCAUGCUACUCCAUCAGGCAAUAGAAGCUGGAAUCGGUCUAUCUCAACCUCUUCAAGUUCUCAAGACACUGUGUUGUGUUCUGUGAAUGAUUGUGCUAGAAAUAACAGCAGGUAUGCUUCUCGCCCCGUUCACCCCAAUUCAAAAUCCACUAUGUGCAGUGGACAUGAAAAGGCUCCACAGAAGCUGGAGAAAAUGAACAUUGAGGUGGAAUCUGAUGACCUAAAACUCACAACCCUUAACAGUACGAGGCAGGCUCACAGAAAUACACCAUCUUCCGUAUUCAAGUUGCCUUCUCUUCACAUACAUAAACUCAAAUCCCCAACCGUCCCAUGGAACCGCAGGACUCAGGACAGAGACAUCCCUCCUUGUCGUGUUGGAGACUUCAUACUGACGUUUCCCUUUAAUGAGGCUACGUGGAAAGCCUCUCAGGACCAAGUGGAUGUUAAGGCUAUUGUGAAUGAGGUCCGUAAACUCACAAACAGACUGGGAUCUUCCUUUAACGAAAAAAAGAGGACAAAGGCGGACAGCAGUCAGAGUUGUAAUGCUGUCAGGGACAAAUUUGAGUUUCUGCUUUGGGGGCCAAAAGAUCCACCUCUUCUCAGCGAAUGCUACUCCUCAAAUUCAGAAACUAAGUAAAAU